AUGCCCGGCAGCUACGUUAAGGACAACUGGCGCAUCAUCGACAGCAUCACACCCGCGGUGUGCUUCACCACAGCCGUAUUCUGGGCACUCUACAUCCUCUCAUUCCCGCCAUCCACACGCUUCUACCGCAAGCUCUCCAUACUCGCCCUCGCGCUACCAACAUGGUAUGCGUUCCGUUACUCAGACCACUUGACACCGAAUUACUACCUCGAUGACACAUUCGGUCGCACAUGCCUGAUAUGGUUCGCCCACAUGAGCUACGAAGUCUGCGUCAUGGAGUUCGCGCCCGUUCUCACACGAGAGAAGCGAAGUAUGGGAGACUGGGAGCAGAAGAGGGACAGAGUCAGACAGGGAUACAAGGUGCUCUUCGAUCGCAACCACACGCAAGUGCUCGAGCAGCAGGGACACAUACUACCGAAAUCAUCCCAUGAUGCGAUUUCGGCGGCGAGGGAGGAGCCAAGUGAAGAGAAAUACAUUGCGACUGACAAGAAGACCGACGAGCCCGUCUUACCAAACGCUCGCGUUCAGCACGGUGUUGCGCUACCGAUGGGUCACCGCCACGGCUACUCUCGUUGGGAGUUCGUCGGCUACCACAUACUGAAAGCAAUUUUCUACUACUACGCCCAGUGCGCCUUCACCUACUACGAAGAAAACUACUCACCAGGGGUUCUAGACCCUGCCACAUACCUUACGCCUUCACUUCUAUCCUUCUUCCACCGCUUGAUACCCCUAGACAGAAGAGACAUAUCCUGGCGGAUGGAAUUCACUUUCGACUGGUGCAUUUCAUCCAUGUGGCUUUACGAGGGGUAUCACAGUAUCUUCGCUGUCCUUUGGGUUGGCUCGGGACUCGACGGACCGGAGGAGUGGUCCAAGAGUCUCUUUGGUUCGUUGAGCGCCGCGUGGUCAGUCAGACGAUACUGGGCAAAGCACUGGCACAACUAUGUCUACCACUCCUUCUCAGGCCAUAUCAGGUGCGUGACGAGGGGCUGGCUCAGCAUGCAGCGCGGUGCGAUCUCAACCCGAUUGAUCGAGAACACGCUCGUCUUCUUCGCAUCCGGACUCAUGCAUGCGCUCGUCCGAUGGCAGCAGGUCCCCAUGAGCGACCACUGGGGUAUUGCCUGUUGGUACGUUGCACAGAUGCUACCUAUCAUCACCGAGAUGGUCGUGGCGCACCAGUGGAAGAAAUUGCGGAAGUGGCUGGGAUAUGGCACCGAUUCGAAGUGGUUGAACCGCUUCGAGUAUGCGGUCGGAUACUCGUGGGUCAUUGCCUGGUUCCUCUAUAGUGUGCCCAAGUAUUAUCAGACGAGGAUGCAUUGGACGAAUGCCAUCAUACGGAAGAAACUCAUGGCUGAUAUGGCUGCGGAUGGGAAUAUCAACAAAACGGGCUCGGGCUGA